AUGGCCGUUCCGGACUGGGCGAUCACUGUGCAGGAACUGAUCGACCAGCCUGAUGUGAGCAUAAAUCAAAAAUGCCAGAAGAUCAUGCUGCUGCUUCGUGAGCGACACCUGCUCUACGACUCCUUUGCGACCCCCAUGGACGGUGCCCUCGUAAAUCCACACGAUGUCGUGUCCAAGGGCGUUCAAAUCUCUUCCGUUGGCUGGGAUCGCAUGAAGUUGCGAGAAGCGGUAGCCAUCGAACUUCCGAGGGACGAAGGACUUCGCAAGCACUUUCUCGAGAUCAACACCCGCCUUGCCGAAAUGUCCGAAGGCCGCUUGGCGAAGCCAACUGGUAAGGAGAGGUGGGCAACUCUUAGCUGUUCGCACACCAGUGCCUUCGUCAAAGCGCUGGCCAGCGGAUGCGGUCCCAAAUGUGGCUUGUCACUGGAUGAGAUCAUGCACAGUGGGGACGACUUUGCGAAGCUUCUCACAGAAGGUUGGAGCUGGCGAGUCCUGGCGGCGGAAGUCGAGGAAAGAGUGCCAGCCUUGCCGGGGCUACUGCAGCAGGGCUUGAACUCGGACCUCGCGAUCGGCAAACCGCCAAGCGAGCUGGAGGUCGCGAUGUGCAUCUCGCAAGCUUAUGCAGCCGGCAAGGACUUGAAGAAGGCGGUGGCAGCGGCAGGUGAAUCCUUCAAGAUCUUGAAAUAUAUGGAUGCCAUGAGCCGAGCAUAUGCCGGAAGCACGAUGCUGGGCUCCGAGUUCACAAAGUGCCUCGCAUACUCGGACUUCAAGAUCCCCUCCACGAGAUGUCCCAUGAUUCGCAUUGCUUUAGCAUUGACACAGAUCACUGCACCAAGCAGUGCAGUCGUCGACGGCUUCAGCCGUCUGCUGACGAAGGGAGAUAUCGAUCGCCUGAAGACAAAGAAAAUGGAGGGCGAUGUGAGCAAGGCAGAGGCUCUCAUGCAGACAGCAUGGCAGGUGGUCGAAGCUUCUUCGGAGCAGCCGCAUCUUCAGAUGGCCUUCUGCCGCUAUCAGGUCCGGCUCAUUCUCCACAUGCUUGGCAAGCAGAGCAAGGGCAUGGAGGGCAAGGAGUACAAGGACUUUGCCACCAUGACGGAGAUGUUCACCAAGGAGACCUUGCAGCCUGUUUCUGCAAAGACUUCCCAGGCUGCUGCUUCGUCUGGGGAGCAGGUCCGGGACAUAGCGGACUCGAACAAUCGGACUUUGAUCGCACAGGAGCAGAACAAGCAUGUGAAGGUAGGCAAAGCCUAUUCGAUCAAGAGGCCCGAGCUCGUGGAGGCUGAGAAGGACAAGGUGUUUGUCCUGAAGGACUUGAAGGAGGACGGUGCUACCUUGGAGCAUCGGCCUUUCUUCGGCGACCAAGUGCAGGUCGAGAAGGUGGCUUUGCAUGAGCUGAAGCAUCUGAAGGAAUGGACCAAAGCUGUGCCUGCUUUGGUUGAGGAGGCAGCUCUUGAGAAGCUUUGGCCCGGUGGCUCCACGGUUUUCCAAGAGGAGCUGGAGCGAGCAGAAGACCAAGGGCUUCUUUACAAGAAGUACUUGGAGUUGGGUGAUCCAGAUGUGAGACCGAGCACCAACGGCCUGCUAUUCUCCAACUGCUCCUACGGCAAGUCCCAGCUGCAGCUGUUUCCCUUGGGGCAGUUGCAAAAGGUGCAGAAGCCUCGUCCCCAGGAUGUCGUGGUCCAGAAGAAGGGAAUGAAAGAGCACUGCUAUGUCAUUUCGCCUGUUCGCUGGGACAUCCAGAAGCAGACCGGCUACUUUUGCCCGUUUUGGAUGAUCAAGGAAGCGCCGGAUGCCACGAGUGCUACCCUUACCAGAUCCACGAAGAAGAUCGGCGAGAUGGUGGUUCCUGUUUUUUCAGAACAAGGUUGCUUUGAAGAUGGGCGACCAGUUGCUGGUGGAGCCGAGGCCGGAAGCUUCUACUGGCAGUGGCAAGAGAAAGCGCUGAUGGAGGUCAUUUUCACAUUCCUGGCAAGCAGGAAGACUUGCAUACCAUUGGCAGCAAACGAAAGCAAAAAAGUUCGCUUCAUACAGACACCGAAGACUCCGAAGUCCAAUCUUUUGCAGGAGCUCAUGUGUAAGCUUCCAAAGUGGGUUUGGCUCGACGGCAUGCUGCUGACUCGGCAAGUCAUCCUGCAGUACAAGGACGGCCCCAAGGUCCCUGUUGCCGAGGGUUUGUUGCACGAAGCAGACAAUGGCCAGCAGUAUCUUCGGUUCAGGCCGAGCAGCACAACUUUGACGAGAGCCCUGCUCGGCCAUAUGGAGAACUUCAAGACUUUGAAGAAUCCAAGCUUGAGCUGCAGCCCACAAGUCUCGCAGCUCCGGGAAGCGGUGAAGGCCAAGAUCCUGGAAAUGGGAAGCAAGGAGCCUGCGGAUGGUGGCGACAGGGAGAACUUGUUCGCCGCUGAGCCUGCAGGCGAUGAAGAGGACGAUGGCAAUGAAGUCACCUCCCGAAAGCUUCGCGAAGUUUUGGAGAAAGCGCCAGAUGUUCUCCAAAUAAAGCUCGCUGGGAAGCCGGUGGAGGUCUUGAAGCCAAGGUCUUGGCGACAGACGGACAUUCUGAUCAAGCUGGCAGUGUCCGACCUGGAGCAUGUCUUCGAUUUCCUUAUGCUGGACAUUGAUUCGGUGUUCGAGAAGGCGAAGCGAGCCUAUGUGCGAUCUGGCAAGUAUGUGGGCGGCAAGAGGAAAGCUCAGGAUGAGGACAAGCAGAGUUUGUCCGACUGA